AUGACCACGACCGACCCUGAAGACAGAAAAGACCACGACCGACCCAGGGAUGAAAAGAACCACGACCGACCCGAACACAGAAAAGACACGACCGAACCGAGAGACAGAAAAGACCACGACCGACCCGAGACAGAAAAGACACGACCGACCCGAGACAAGAAAAGGACCACGACCGACCCGAGAGACAGGAAAAGACCACGACCGAACCGAGGAGAGAGAGAGAGAAGACCACGACCGACCCGAGACACAGAAAAGACCACGACCGACCCGAGAGACAGAAAAACAACGACGACCGAGAGAGAGAGAAAAGACCACGACGGACCCGAGAGACAGAGACCACGAACGACCCGAGAGACAGAAAAGGACCACGACCGACCCGAGACACAGAAAGACCACGACCGACCCGAGAGACAAGAAAAGACCACGACGACCAGAGAGACAGAAAAGACCACGACGACCCGAGACAGAGCAAGGACCACGACCGACCACGAGAGAUAG